UGAAAUCCGACAAAAAGAAAACAGGAUUGUUCCGCCGACGCUUCAUCGGGUGCAAAGUCCACCGUCGUGGCGGCUCUCUCGGCGAAUUCACCGGCCGGAGAUACCGUCUUCGCUUGAGGUCUUCCUUUUUUUUUCGCCUCUCUCUCGGGUUUAGUUUCUCUUGGUACGGUCGCUGAAGGCACGGCUUGACGAUGAUGUCUUCGCUCACUUCCGUCGAAUUGAAUUAUCUCGUUUUCCGAUAUCUUCAAGAGUCAGGUUUUACGCACUCUGCAUUUGCUUUAGGUUAUGAAGCAGGGAUAAAUAAGUGCAACAUUGAUGGGAAUAUGGUUCCACCCGGCGCCCUUAUCAGAUUUGUUCAGAAAGGAAUGCAGUACCUGGAGAUGGAAGCAAAUUUGAGCAAUAGCGAUGCUGAAAUGGAAGAGGAUUUCUCAUUCUUUCAACCCUUGGAUCUAAUCACAAAGGAUGUAAGUGAAUUGCAGCAAAUGCUGAGGGAAAGAAAGAGAAAAGAUAGAGAUAGGGACCGAGACAGAGAUAAAGAUAAGGGGAAAGAAAAAGAAAAAGAAAAAGAUAAAGAGGUUGAACGAGAACAUGAAGGAGACCGUAGCCGAGUAAAAGAGAAGGAUAGGCAUGAGAAGCAGAAGGAGCGAGAAAGGGAAAGGUCGACAAACUACGGGGAAAGAGAGAGGGAGAGGGAGAAGAUAGAGAGGGAAAGGGAGCGGGACAGAGAAAAGGAGAAGAUAGAGAGGGAAAGGGAGCGGGACAGAGAAAAGGAGAAGAUAGAGAGGGAAAGGGAGCGGGACAGGGAAAAAGAGAAGUUGGAGAGGGAGAAGGAGAAGGGACGAGAAAAGCAGGGUGAAGAUCCUAUGGAUAGGGAAAUGGCUAUAGACCAAAACGAUAAGGAAAAUGCUGGGGAUGCAGAGCAUGGAGCUUCUACAGGUGUAGAACCUAUGGAUGUUGUAAUGACCUCUACAUCUCAGACAUGUGACGUUCCUACUUCUGAUGUAAUGGUUUUGGCAGGGCAUGAUUCUGAGGUCUGUGCUUGCGCAUGGAGUCCAACGGCUUCACUUCUUGCAUCAGGGUCCGGCGAUGCUACAGCACGUAUCUGGACGAUUCCGGAAGGUACAUUCAGAUCUGGGUCGCAUAAUGGUCCUCUAAAUGUCCUGGUGUUGAAGCAUGUAAAAGGAAGGACAACCGAGAAGAGCAAGGAUGUGACAACUCUUGACUGGAAUGGAGAGGGGACUUUACUUGCCACUGGUUCAUGUGAUGGUCAAGCAAGGAUUUGGAAUACAAAUGGUGAGCUGAAAAGUACCUUAAGCAAGCACAAGGGCCCCAUUUUCUCCCUCAAGUGGAACAAGAAGGGCGAUUAUCUCCUAACUGGAAGUGUUGACAAAACUGCCAUUGUAUGGGACGUAAAGGCAGAGGAGUGGAAACAACAGUUUGAGUUUCAUACCGGCCCAACACUUGAUGUUGAUUGGCGCAACAAUGUAUCAUUUGCAACAAGUUCAACAGACAGUAUGAUCUAUGUAUGCAAGAUUGGAGAAACCCGGCCUGUCAAAACCUUUGCUGGGCAUCAGGGCGAGGUUAAUUGCGUAAAAUGGGAUCCAACCGGUUCGUUGCUGGCCUCGUGCUCAGAUGAUAUUACUGCCAAGAUAUGGAGUAUAAAACAGGACACCUUUGUUCAUGACCUGAGAGAGCAUUCCAAGGAGAUUUAUACUAUAAGAUGGAGCCCGACUGGACCUGGAACUAACAAUCCAAACCAGCAGCUAAUUCUUGCGAGCGCAUCAUUUGACUCGACUGUGAAGCUAUGGGACGUGGAACUUGGGAAGAUGCUUUGCAGCUUGAAUGGACACAAGGAACCGGUGUAUUCAAUAGCAUUCAGUCCGGACGGGGAGUACAUAGCUAGCGGGUCACUGGACAAGUCGAUGCACGUUUGGUCCUUAAAGGAUGGGAAGAUCGUCAAGACUUACACAGGCGAAGGCGGCAUUUUCGAGGUUUGCUGGAACUCCGACGGCUCCAAGAUCGCCGCCUGUUUCGCCGACAACACCGUCUGCGUCCUCGACUUCCGUAUGUAGCCAACACCCAAAAAAAAGGUUCUAUAUAUUAUAUUUAUUGUCACCAUUCUAUGUUUUUAGGGGCUCUUAGUUAGAACUCUGUGUAAGUUUCUUCUCUCUUAUCAUCUCUCGUCCCCAAACUGUUGCAAUCAGACACAACAGGUCCCUCCCUGCUUCGGACAGAAAAUAUUGUUGGACACUAUGUACUGAAGUUUCUUACCGUGAUCCACAACCACGGUAAGAACCCUAGUUUGGGUAAAGAGCGUUAUCAAAAAAAAAAAAAAAGUGUCUUACGAUGAUGACGUAAUCCAUGACGUGAUAGGAUUGUGGGCAUUGAAUGUUUUGCCAAGGAAAAACAAGUGUGUUUAUCCUGUCC